UAUUAUCUGGUAUCGACGCACAAAACGAAGAGAGCAAACGAAAGAAGAAGAAAAAAAAAGUCGGAGGCGAAUAAUCGUGACGUAUCGUUUUAAUACCGUUUUUGUCCCCAUUUUCAUUCUUAUGGAUUUCAUUUUUUACGCUCACACACAAUGCGGAAAUGCUUUAAAUCGAACGCAAAACCGAAUUUUUUUUGGAUAAACUUUGGGCUCAUUAAUCAUUUUGGAAAAUUCGACUAUACUAUGCUUUAAGCGCUCGCUCACCAUCAAUAAAAUGUGAACGGUUGUUUUGCCUCGACUAUAUCUGUUCGUGUUUUUAUUUAUCAUCUCUCGCUUUGUUAUAUCCCGUUACCAAUGCAGAUAUCAUUCAACAUACAACACACCAUCCACCAAACAGCAUCCACUUAAAUUUUGAACAAAUGGGACGAGGGUAGCGAAAUAACGACAACAGCAAUAGCAGCAGCAGCAGCAGCAGCAGCAUCAUCAUCAGCAACAACGACGAACGGCGACAGAAAAAGAAGGAGCAAACAAAGAGAGAGAAAAAAGUAUAUCGAGAAUAAGAAGAUGCAAACUAUUUCAGAAAUACGCCCCAUGAAGAAUUGCAGCAUUUUCCGGGAAUAUUUAAUUGUUGUGAAUGCGCCGCGCGAGGCAAUUUUGCCUUCGGAUUGGGGAAAAUCGAAAAAGACGCUAACAAACCACCUUAUUGUCGAAAAACCUGCCACUGAUGCGUUUGCUAAAAGGGAACGAAAUGGGAUAGAAAGCAACAGCAGCAGCAGUGGUAGUAGUAGCAGCAGCAGAAUCAGCAACGGCAGCAAAAAAAAAGCACCAAAUAGCAUGCGAUCCAUUUGGAAGAGUACCUCGCAGUGUGGCACAUACACACAGAGAAAAAGGAAAAUCAGAACAGAGCAGAUCAGAACAUCCUGGCAAUUCACCAAUUGCUUACACUAUAGCUUUUGUAAGCUGAAAACUUUUCCCAGCACAACAAUUGCUGCUGGUACGCAUCGAGCGUUAUAUUGCGAGAGCCGCGAGAACGACAACAACAACGAUGACGGCGGCAACAAUACAAGGAGAAUAUAUGGCAAAGAGAUCGAAAAGUGCCGUUUUGUCCACAUACAAUUACUGACUGACACACCGACACAUAUGCACACGCAGCACCAACUCGAUGCUGUGUGUACUUGGCCACAUACGCACAAAUACAUGGGUGGCCGAUAUCAAUCUGCGUACAUGUUCCAUUUUCCGCAACUGCGCAUUUUCUUCGAUUUUUAGGUGCUUUCCGUUGGAAAUUUGUUAAUUUUUGCAUAUCACACACAUAGAGGGAGACAAAGACAGAGAAACAUACUCACACACACACACACCAUGUCUUCGUCUCUGUCUCACUCAUUCAUAUCAUUCGAUUCACCACCAUCCAAAGUCAACUGCUCUCUGUGACUUGCUGUGUCUAAAUUACGCUUUUUAGAAACAUAGGCCACAACGGCUUUGGAUUUGUGUGUAAGUGCUUGUUGGUCGUUACUCGCGCGCUCGCAUUCGCCACACUCUUUACAUACGAUGUACGAUUACUUUUUUUUCUGUUCUCUGCUCUCUGCCUCUAUUUGUUCCUUCUCUUUGCAACCAUAUUUUGUGGGUGCAGGCAGCUCUCUCUCUCUCAGCCUUUGCAAAGUUCUUCUAAUUUCCCGUCGACACAUGAGUGAAAUUCCCUUCUUUUGAUCGAUGUGAAAAUGUAACCACGGCUCACGCACACACACACGCUCUCUCUUUCUCUCCGUGUGUGUGUGUGUGUGCGCGCUUAGAUACGUGCCAUAUCGAUGUGUAUGGUGCAGAUGAUUUGUGUAAAAGCUUACGGUUUGAAGAGCAAUAGCAAACAGAGCAAACGAAAAACUCCAACAAAUGCUGUUGCUGUUACUGAACAAAAAAAAUAAUAUCAUUUUUUUACUGUUCACGAGUCGAGUGCAAUGUUUACUAUAUAUCUAUCUCUUUUUUUUAAAUUUUCCAUCCAACAACGAAUUUACUGGCUUCGUUUCGUCACUGAUUCUUAGCAUUUUCGUCAGUGUGUACACGUUGUUGUUUUAUUUUUUUUCCUCGUCUUUUCUCUCUCUCCAUAUAUAUACAUAUAUAUACUAUAUACAUAUAUGUUAUUCCUCUGCUUUGCUCUCUUUCUGUGUGCUAUCCAAGCGAAGGGAUUUUUCAUUGCAAAUUAUUCGCUUUUCGUUCAGUUUUCUAACAUGCACGUUAUCAUACAGUCCAGCAGCAGCAGCAGCAUUAUUAUAUUCCGAAACUUUACUUUCUGUUUCUGUUGACAUCUUCGUUAUAUAGUAGUUUUUUUUUAAAUUUGUGUUCUGUUGUUUGUUUGGAACAAAAAAAAAAACAAAUGAAAUUCUUCGCUGAGUGUUUUCUGGAGGAGAUGUGAAAAAAAAUGUAAACGAAAAAAUAAAGAAAUAGAUUAAAAGAAGCGACGAAAUAAAAUAUAGUCGUUACAUACAAGAGAAAGUGCGCAAGAAGGCAGAAAGCGAGUGAAAAACAGCUCAUUUCUCACCAUACCAUCUCCUCGUCAUCAUCAUCAUCACAUCCAUUUGUGCUCCAUCGCAUCGUCAAGGUGGAUUUCAUUCUGUAUUGCUUUUUGUUUGGAGAGGAAGCACACGACUGACACAACUGAUUAACACUUUUUGACAAAAAAAAACGAAACGAAACGAUACGAACGCAGUUGAAGCUCCAGCAGCAGCAUCAACAGUAGCAGAAGAAAAAAAAGUUCUUCAGUGCUUAAUCACCUACGAGUUUUCUCUCAGUCGCUCAUCGUAUCUCUUCAGGAAGACUUUCAAGUGGACGUGAAGAAGCAGUUUUUUUUUCUCUCUUCAUCGUUGUUAUCGACGACUUUUUGUGAAAUUUACCAACAAUUUGAUAAAACCAGGCCUUUGCAGUUUUAUCUCCAUAAUUAUACACAUAUAGAUAUUAUAUACGGGACAAUUUGUGCUGUUUUUUUCUGUUGUGUAUGCGUGCAAAAUUUUUCUUAAACAAGUGUGAUUUAAAAAAAAAAAGUUUUUUUUAUAAAUUAUAUGCAAUGAUAAAUAUUUGCCACCGAACCAUAAUAACAACAAACUGACUAACAAAGCAUUAGCAGUAGCAGCAACAGGAAAAAAAAUUACAUAAAAGUAUUUAAAAUAAACCAAGAACGAAGAAGUUUCGAAAAAAGACCGAUACGAAAAAGAAAAAUAAAACGAAAACACUUCGUUGAAACCGACAAAUAAGAAGAAAAAACAAGACGAAUUGUUAAGCCUUUGUUAAAAAAAAUCUAAAUUUUUCUUGCCCCACGGUUUACGAUUUUAAUUUUUCAAAUCGAAAUUUUGGCCUAAAAUGACUAUUAUCAACAUUUGUUGUGUUUUGUUUUUGUCGUUUCGUUCAUAACACACACACACACACAUAUGAGAAAAUGUAUACAUAAAUCAGCAGUGAUCGACAGAUAUUAUGUGGAAUGCUGAACAAUCAAACAUCAUCAACGCUUAACGAACAGGACACAAAAACUGUUGACAAUGGUUAAUAAGUUGUAAUAAAGUAGCAAUAAUAGUUUAAGUGAAAAUCAAUGUAAUCAAAAAAAAAAAGAGAAGGAAUAUAUGUUGGUUGGGUCUUUUGUGACCGAAAUGUGAUGAAAAAAAUUGAACGAAUUUUGUUUUGAAUAAAAAGAAGAAGAAACGCAUCGAAACAAACCUCCGUCAUCAACAACAACUUAGAUUUCAAAAUAAGUUUUGGUAAAUUGUUCCUGCAAAAAAAUAUAAAACAAAAUAGUUUACAACAACAAGACCCGUGCAUAAAACAACGGAUUAAAUAGAAAGUGUUUUGCCAAACCAAAAAAUAAGUUCAAAUUAGCAAAAAGAAAACUAUACACUCAAUCGAUGUCACCAAAAGGAAUGUAAAAAGGAAGAAAAAAAGCAACACAACCGAAACUAACAUUAAAAUAAUGAAUUAACAUGAAUACAUAAAUAACGAACGAACGAACAUUUGCAUUGAAAAAUCCACACCAUAUUCAGUCAAACACACGCAUUUAGCAAACAAAUACAACGAGCAGUGUUGUUCUUAGAUCAUGAAUGAACGAUGUCUGGCGUGGAAACGGCAGAAGAGACAAAUUGACGAAGAAAAUUACAUAGCGAAAAUGCCGAAAAUGUGUUGAAAACCUUAUUUAUGCAAUUCACUGCUCUUUUCUCUAUCUUUUUCACUCUCAUUGCUCGCUCGCCAAGCGCUCGUUCGCUCGUUCAUUCUCUCUGUCUGCCUGUCUGUCACGCACUACACACAUAUAAACGGUUAUCGUCUAUUUUCCGCACGCAGUGAAUGAAAAAUCAAAUUGAAGCCGUUCCCAUCAAAUAGAAUAUAAUUGUGUUUAUCUAUCUAUUUAUCUCUCUCCAUAUGAAUGUAGCAGCAAAAGAUUAAAUCCGUGUAAACAUGAUUGAAUCAAAUACGAAAACUAUCGUUGUUGUGACUAGUGCAAGUUUUGAUCGGUUUGAUAUUUGUGUAUAAAUUUGAGUGAGUUGUCGAAUGUUGUUUACUCAUCAGAUCACUUGACGGCUUAUACGGGGUAUUUACUAAUAAAACGAUAUAGAGAACACAACUGUUUAAACGAAUUUCUUUGAUAAAAGUAACGUAUACAUAUACAUAUAUAUCUAUAAAUUAUUGGUGGUGUUAGAAGAAUCAAAAAUAGAAGAAGAAAUCGACUGUGGUCAAUUUUUUUUUUGCAUUCGUUCAUAUUUUGUUUUUUUUUUUUCGAAAUCUCUAAUGCCAUUAACGGGGUGCUUGUAAAGAAAUCAACGAAGAAACCGUCUGUUGAUAUAUAAAACAUAAAAAAUGCAUUCAAUAAAGAGGUGUCGUCGUGCGAAUAUGGCUAUCGUUCAAUUGUUGGUGUUGAUGGCUGCCAGUUCGACCGUCAGUGGUGCCACAUUUUUCGAUAAUCAUACGAUCGAAGCGAAAAGCCUGGAUUGGGCGGGUGAGAAAACAAAGUGUCAUGACGGAUUGUUAUUGAAAGUUUGGCAACCACAAGAUGAUCUCACACUACGCGAUGUCAUCAUCCGUGGCACCGUCUAUUUUAGCAUCUUGGUGUACCUGUUUAUCGGUGUUUCAAUCGUAUCGGACCGAUUUAUGGCGGCCAUUGAAGUCAUCACAUCGAAGGAAAAGGAGGUGAAAGUGCGCAAAUUAAAUGGUGAAUCUCAAAUCGUAGUGGUACGCGUGUGGAAUGAAACGGUGGCCAAUUUAACGUUGAUGGCUUUGGGCUCAAGUGCACCCGAGAUUUUGCUAUCGAUCAUUGAAAUUAUCGGAAAAAAUUUCGAUGCGGGCGAUUUAGGGCCAGCAACUAUCGUUGGUUCGGCCGCUUACAAUCUAUUUGUUAUCAUUGCCAUUUGUGUGCUGGUCAUACCAAAAGGUGAAGUGCGUCGCAUCAAACAUUUACGUGUAUUUUUUGUAACAUCAACGUGGUCGGUGUUCGCCUAUAUUUGGUUGUACUUAAUAUUGGAUUUCUUUUCGCCCGGUGUGGUUGAGCUAUGGGAAAGCUUUUUAACAUUCAUGUUCUUUCCGCUGACGGUGCUCACGGCCUACAUUGCCGAUCGACGAUUGCUCAUUUACAAGUACAUUGGCAAAGAGUAUCGUAUCAAUAAGCAUGGUGUUAUGGUACAAACCGAAGCCGAUGUUGCAUUCGAAAUGAAUGGUCGUGAGGAUAAUAUUAAAUCGUUCACAGAUGGUGGCGUCAUCACAGAAGAGGUACGAGAUUUUGAAGAGGCACGCCGUGAAUACAUUACAACAUUGAAAAACUUACGCCGAAAAUAUCCGCAAAGCGAUUUAGAAAAUCUAGAAAUUAUGGCACAAGAACAACUGAUGAACAAUGGGCCAAAGUCGCGAGCAUUCUAUCGCAUACAGGCGACACGCAAAAUGAUGGGCAGCGGCAAUAUUAUGCGAAAAAUUUCGGAACGAGCUCAAUCUGAUUUGAGCGAAGUGAAGGCCGAAUUGCAACGCGUCGAUGUUGAUCUGGAUGAGGAGGUUGGUUUGAUAAAGGUCUAUUUCGAGCCUGGCCAUUAUACGGUCAUGGAAAAUUGUGGCGAAUUUGAAUUGAGAGUGGUUCGAGAUGGUGAUUUGACACGCGAAUGCACCGUCGAUUACGAAACCGAGGAUGGAUCGGCAGAAGCAGGCAGUGACUAUGUUGGCAAAAAAGGGACGCUUAUUUUCAAGCCAGGUGUUGAUGAGCAACGAUUCCGCAUUGAAGUUAUCGACGACGAUGUUUUUGAACAGGACGAACACUUUUAUGUUAAGCUUACCAAUGCAUCGUCCGAUGUUACCUUGGCCACGCCAAGCGUUGCAACCGUAAUGAUUUUAGACGAUGAUCAUGGCGGUAUAUUUGCAUUCAGCUCAAAAGAUCACGAACUAUGUGAAUCGGUCGGUGUGUACGAAUUGAAAGUGCAACGAUUUAGUGGAGCACGCGGCAAAGUAUUAUUACCAUACUGGACUGAAGAUGGCACAGCCAAAACCGGAAGGGAUUAUGAAAUGGUUCAGGGCGAAUUGGAAUUUGAUAAUAAUGAAAGCGAAAAGUCGAUACCGUUGGUUAUUUUGGAGGAAGGCAGCUACGAAAAGGAUGUACUUUUUUAUGUGAAUCUCGGUGAACCACAAAUGGUUGGCGAUGAUGAAUUAGCAAAUGCGAUUACCGAAGCAGAGGCAAAAGCACCCGAAGAUCUCACGGACAAAGACAAAAUGGCGCUACUCGGUCGACCCAAAAUGGGUGACAUCACUCGUGCACAAUUGCGUAUUAAAGAGAGCAAAGAGUUCAAGAACACCGUAGAUAAACUAGUGCAAAGAGCGAAUGCUUCACUUCUAAUCGGAACGUCUUCGUGGAAAGAGCAAUUCAUUGAUGCAUUGACAGUCAGUGCAGGCGAUGAUAAUUCAACAAUGGACGAAACGGAUGGCGAUUGUGAAGAGCCAAGUCCAAGCUGUGGCAACUAUGUAAUGCACUUUUUGACAUUGUUCUGGAAAAUAUUGUUUGCGUUCAUUCCACCAACAGAUAUUUACGGUGGAUACGUUUGCUUUGUUGUGUCGAUUUUUGCCAUCGGCGUUGUCACCGCUGUCAUUGGUGAUGUUGCUUCACAUUUCGGCUGUACAUUGGGAAUCAAAGAUUCAGUGACUGCAAUUGUAUUCGUUGCGUUGGGAACGAGUGUUCCAGAUACAUUUGCGAGCAAAGUGGCUGCCAUCCAAGAUAAGUAUGCAGAUGCGAGCGUUGGAAAUGUGACUGGAAGUAAUGCUGUAAAUGUUUUCCUUGGUAUCGGCGUUGCAUGGACCAUCGCCGCUGUUUAUCAUUGGUGGAAUGGUUCGCAAUUUCUUGUUGAACCUGGCAACUUGGCAUUUUCGGUGACGUUAUUUUGUUCGGAAGCUGUUAUAGCGAUAAUAAUUAUAUUGGCGCGUCGUGUUAAAGCAAUUGGCGGUGGUGGUGAAUUGGGCGGCCCAGCAUUGGGAAAAUAUAUAAGCAGUGGUCUGUUAUUUGGUCUUUGGAUUAUUUAUUUGGUAAUGAGCAGUUUAGAAGCUUAUGGAGUAAUCAAAGGAUUUUAAAAUUAUAUACAUAUUAUAUAUACAAUACACAUAGAAAAAUUAUACACACACAAACAAACAAACAUAGAAGAGAUUAAAAAAAGAAAUCAUGUCAACAAAGAAGAAGAUAAUGAAGAAAAAUCAGUUGCAAUUUUUAGUUAUAUUUGUUAAAAUGAGAUUAUGAUAGCAACAACAAUGAUUGAGAUCAAAACUGUAUACAAUGCUUGUAUGUUUUUAUGAUAUUUAAUUGAAUUGAGAAUGCGGAUGAAGAUGAUGAUGAUGAAGAAGAAGAAUAUAACAUUUUGUUCAUUUGUUACACUUGUAUUUUUACACAAACAUCCAUAUUUGAAUACUCAUAAGUCAAAUAUUAUAUAUUUGUAUCUUAAAAGCCGUCGAACAGAUUGAUUAUUUAUCAACAGCAACAACAACAACAAGAUUAAUAAUAAAUAAAUGAAAAAGACAAACAAAACAAGCAUAAUAAUCAAUUGAUGUAAAACAUGUUUAGUGUAGGUGGGAUUAUAAUUCGAUCGCGACAAUAGACGUAAUGUCUGCACUAAAAUAAAUUCGUUCAAGUCCUAGCAUAAAAAUGUAAGAAGAAAACACUCAACCAUAUACUCACUCUCAUACAACACACUCACACACCGAUCAUAUAUUUGCUGCUUGGAACGUGAAUAUGAGAGGGAAAAAAGGAACUUUUCCUUCUAAACAAUAACUAGCAUUAUAAAUUAGCUACGAGCAGAAAAAACCAACUAAAUGGAGAAAA